AUGUCUGGGGCGUACGAAGAAGAAGAGGGAGACAUUGCAGAGGCUGCUGCGAUCGAAGAUUGGAAUCUUCCACCACAUGUCUUCGAAGGUGAAGAUGGCGAAGAGGCCCCUGCCCAGGAAACGCGAGACCCAGACCCCGUCCAGGAUGACGAUGUCGUCUUGGAGAUCCAGGAGCUGAAGCGGAAAAAUGUUGCUCUUCUUGGAGAGCUGGAGGAGAAGGAGAGGACCAUAGAGGAGCUGCGAAAGCAGAAGGCAGAGCAGGAAGCCGCAUACUCUGGCUUGAAGGACGAUCUGGAGGAGGCUGUGGAGGGCCAGAAGAUUGCUCAGAACACCUACACACAGAAGGAGCAAGAGGCCGAAGCUACGAAGCGAGAGUUGGAAAGUGCGAAGCAAGAGGCCGAGAGCGCGAAGAAGGAGGCCGAAAACACAGCAAAGGAAGCAGAAGCGAAAUGCAAAACAGUUGAAGAAGCUGCAAGAGAUCAAGCAGAAGCAGCACAGAAGCGCAUGGAGGAGCUUCAAUCUUCCUUCCAGGCCAAGCAGGAGGCAUUCGAGCUCGAGGUGGCCGACCUGAAAAAGAGUUUCGUGGAGCUACAAGAUCGGCACAAGAAUCAGGUCGCGACGAUCGCCAAAAAAAGCGAUGAGCUCAAGGCAGCCAACAGGCAGAUCGCGGAGGAACGAAAGAGCCAUGACGACGAGCUGACUUUGAGAGCCACAAGGUUGCUUGCGGAGGAGGCUAAAUUUCUUGCCCAGCAGGAGAAGAUGAAGAGUGAGCAUGCGAAGGAGAAGGAACAGAUGGUGAAUGACCAUCAAGAGGAGGUCUCCAAAGUUUCCGCCGACCUCAGGGCUGCCCGCGAGGCUGGAUGA